AGGAAAAGAAAAACACCAUGUCUGGUGUUGGGAUCGAUCGAACAAGGGCAGGGAGAGGGUGAAUAACCCUAAACUCAAGAAAUCAAGAAUUGAAGCUAAAAUCUCAAGGAAAAUUCGAUGCAUGAGCCCUUCUUUGCGAAAAUCUAACCCUAAUUAUUGAAGUGGCGUGAAAGAAGAAGGUACAAGCACUAAGCAAGCGGAAGGAGCACGAGAUCGAGAUGGCUGAUGCAAGAAAUAUUAACGAUGAUAAUGAUGAUAACAAUGAUGUGGCUAGACAAGAAGCAUUCGAGAACAGAGUUACAGAAGUAGCGGAAGGGGUUAUACAAGCCAAUCUUCCACGGUUGGCUCAAGAAGUAGAAAGCCGAGUUCUGGGGGUUGUGGAUGCUAUGAUGACUAGUAAGUUCGAAGAGUUGAAGGAAUUAAUCGAAGGAUCCAAGAGUAGAGGUAAGGAACGAAGGUGCACUUACAAGGAUUUUAUGGCAUGCCAUCCGAUGACGUAUGACGGUAAAAUUGACCCAGUCGAAUGUCAAAGAUGGGUCUCGAAUAUAGAGGCGGUGUUUAUACGAAGCCGGUGCGAUAAGGAGGACCAAGUGAUGUUCGCUACCGGUUUACUAACCCAUCAAGCGAAAGAUUGGUGGGAUGCGCACAGCAAGGAAAUAGGCGACGAUAGGCUGCAAGCUAUGACUUGGCAAGAGUUCAAGGGGCCCUUCAUGAGAUAUCAUUGUCCUCAGUCGGCGAUCGACAAGAUUCAGGAGGAUUUCUUACGCCUCCGGCAGAAAAACGAAUCAGUGAAUGAAAUAGCAAACAAUUUUAUGGAUAAGAUGAAGUUCUGUGGGGAAUUGGCAACAACCGAGAGGAUGAAGAUAAGUCGUUUUUAUGGCGUGUUAAAGGCAGAAAUUAGAGAGUUCAUCACUCCCUCAAAAUGUGAAACUCUUGAGGAGCUCAUCGAUUUAGCACGAGAUAGGGAGAUCGAGAUUAAAAGACAAGAAGAGCGAGGUGAAAAGAGACCGAGUGAAAAGGGUGCAAGUUUCAGCCCAUCUAAAAAGGGGAAGUUUCAGGAUCAAGGAAGGAAGGGCAAGUCGAAAGGUGGAAUUACACCUUGUAAGACGUGUGGGAAGCUCCAUACCGGAGAAUGUUUGCUAGGCAAAAAGGGGUGCUUCAAAUGCGGGAAGGAGGGGCAUUCAUCUUAUCAAUGCCCGAACAACCCAAAGACUUGUUUCAACUGUUUUGAAAGGGGGCAUAUCAAGUCGGAAUGCCCGAAGCUUCAGCAAGAAACAAAGAAAGAAGAUAAGAAACAAGAGAGUUCUAAGGCGAAGGGGAGAAUGUUUCAAAUCACAUCGGAAGAAGCCAAAUCCCAGCCGAAUGUGGUUUCAGGUAUCUUUUUAAUAAACUCAAUGCCGGUUUAUGUAUUGUUUGAUACCGGGGCCACUAUGUCAUUUAUCUCUAGUGAAAUCGUACAACAUCCUUCCUUUAAGAUUGAACGGAUGUCGAUGCCCUUAGAAGUAGAGAUAGCCGAUAGUAAAAAUUAUUUGUUGCAUGAAAUAUGUAAAAAUUGUAAAUUAACCAUUGAGGAUGAGGAGUUUGCUAUCGAUCUUAUACCCAUGAUUUUGGGAGAAUUUAAGGUAAUAGUGGGUAUGGAUUGA